AUGCGCAAGGGCUUCCUCGUCUCCGGCUCCUCGCCCAAGACGCCCGCCGCCGGCUCGUCGGCCGCGGCACCGAUGGGCAGCGACAGCCCCGACGUGCUGCGUGCGCUGCAGUUCAUGCUCGAGUGCGGCGAGUUUGCCGACAGCGACGCCGGCCGUGCACUCGAGGCCAUGGCGCGCACCCGCCUCGCCGCCGCGCCCGCGCCGCCGCCGCCCCUGCCCGCCGACAUGCGUCCGCCGCCCAACGAGGGCAUCGCCGUCGGCGACCACAACUACAGCCGCGAGGCGCAGACGGCGCGUGCGCUCGCGGCGCAGAAGCUCAUCAGCAGCGUCUUUGGCAGCGCCGUCACGCUCACCGACGCCGCCGCCGCACCGCCGCAGCCGUCGUCGGCGCACCAGCCGCACAGGCACGGUCCCGGCAACGACCACUCCCUGGACAGUCUCUCGGUGCGCAACGGCCACCUGCUGAGCGAGGUCUGCUUUGGCUGCCCGUGCGCCGAGUGUGUGCCGCCCAUGCUCAACGCCACGCGCGACUACGGCGAGGUGUCGCCCAUCGGCCGCGUCAGCCGUGCGCCGCUGGCCAACGAGAGCAUCUGGUGCGUGCGGCCGCCCGAGCGCGCCGGCGGACCCAUCAUCCUGGAGCGCCGCCGCAACGAGAAGCACGAGGUCGAGGACACCAUCGAGACGCCGUACUCGCGCCGCGUCGAGGACGCGAUCAAGACCAUCUCCAGCGGCGGCCGCGGCCCCGCAGUCGCCGGCGCGCAGGCCAUCAUCCAGGCGCACAUCACCGACGCAAUCGAUGAGCGCGAGCGCAAGAGGGCCGAGGAGAAGGCGCAGCGUCCGGCAGCCGCCAAGGGCAAGGCUAGCGCGAGCAGCGCUUCGUCGACGCCCUCACGCGCAGCCAAGCGCUUUGUCGCACGCGACGACCCGGCGCUCGCCGUCUACGGUGGAUUCGAGGGCGGCGAAAGCGUGUACGGCACGUUCAAAGGCGAGGACGUGCUGCAUGCGCCCGUCGGCCAUCGUCCGCCGGCCGGCCAGCCUUACUGCGCGCGGCACGUGCUCGCACUGCACGCCAUGCAGAGCAAAGAGCUCGAGGCCAUGUCGCAGGAGAUGGCCGAGACGAUGCGCAUCGGCAAGAAGGCGGGCCCCGAUCCGCUGAACCAUGCGCGCGUGAAGGCGCUUAGAGUCGACGACCCCGGCUUCCCGGCCGGCUCGAAGGACUACUGGAUCAUCGUCGUCGACCCGCAUGACUCCUUUGACGACCUGGGCGGCUGGCGCACGCUCGCCUUCAACGAGAGCAAGGGCAAGUGGGUGCUGCACUCGACGGCCGAGCCUCCCGUAGAGAUCACGGUGGACGCGGCCUUUCAGCGCGCUCUUGACACGUUUGCGGCGAAUGUCGAGUGCGUCGACGAGAUCCUGGCCAUGCGCACCAUCUGCGACCGCCUCGCGCUGGCGGUGCUCUCUGCGCGCAUCCCGCCGCGCAAGAACAAGGAGCUGCAGUGGCACGCGCCCGACUUUGCCUCGGCCAGCCCGCUCGGCGAGAUGCACUUCCAGCUCACGGCGCACACAUAUGACACGGCCGCCGUCAUCGCCACACGCAUGGACACGGGCGUUUCCACGGUCCAUUACCAUUCAAUUGCGCAAAUUAACGACAUUCGAAGGACGAAGUACCGCAUCGGGCAGAGCGCCACGCUGCGCAGCCAGUACAACGAGCGCCUCCUCGCCGCGCUCGGCCCGCCGAUCGCCGACGGCGCCGUCUGCGGCUGCAAGCGCUGCCGGCUCGAGGCCAAGAAGGACGAGGAGAGCAACAAGACGACGCCGGCGGCUGCGUCGGCGGGCAAGUCCACGGCCAAGCCCGAGACUAAGCCGGACGCGCCCUCGACCGCGUCGGCCUGGGUCACCGCAGCGCGGGUGAAGCUGGACGCAAUGCCGAAGGAGCAGAAGUCCGCGCACACGAAGGCUCUGAUCGAGCAAUAUGCCCUUGACGACAACAUCUCGCUGGAGAGCCGUAAGCUGCUUGAGGGCGACGGCCUGCCCGGUCUGCCGACCAGCCUGAGCGACAUGGACGACCUCAAGAAGUCGGCUGCGGCGCGCGGCAUAUUGGCCGCCAUCGCCGCGGCCAGGGCGGCCGAGAGGAAGCAUGAAGCGCCUGACGCAGCCGCUCCCGGCAAGUCGGCCGCCGAGAAGCGUGAGCCGCCUGACGCAGCCGCGUCCGCCGCCUCGGCCGCGUCGGCCACGAGGUCGCUGCCAGAUCUCUCGACGUGGGCCACAGCGAUGCACGAGGAGCUCGACAAGCUGCCUGAGGGCGACCGCCUCGCAGCGUAUCGCGAGUUCAUGUUCACGUCGGAGCCGCGGCCUGGCAUGGCCGAGUCGAUGAACUACCUGGCGCGCAAGCAGAAGCUCGGCCUGCCUGAGCUGUACCCCGGUAAGGAAUACGAGCAUGACAGUCCGCUCGGCGAGUCCGGCGUCACGCCAACCGAGAAGGACGUCGUGGCCAGCCUCCUCGCUCUAGGAGCUAUGGCAGACCACCCGCCGAAGUCUGAUCGAGCCAGCGCGUGGGCCGCCGGAGCGCACAGCUUCCUCGCCGGUCUGCCGGCCAAGGACCGAGACGCGGCGUACCGCGCCAAGAUUGAGUCGCUCAUGCCGGACACCCAGGCCCGCGAGUGCUUCCAUCUCCUCACGCAGAAGCUGGGCAUGGGCCUGCCGGACCUGUUCCCGGGAAAGGUGUUCGAGGAGGGCGCCGUCGACGCUGCGCUGGCCGCCUCGCCUUGGGGCUCUGACGCCGCGAUGCGCGAGCACCUCAAGAACAACCCGCCGGCCGACCUGAGCACGCUUGCUCAGCCCGGCAGCUCCAACAAGGACGCAGCCGCCGCCUCGAGCGCGCCUGCCGCAAAGCCGCGCCGCAGACUCAAGAAGGGCAAGGCGCCCGCCGGCAAGGCUGCGCCGAGCGCGAAGCAGCGUGCCGCUGCAGCGAUACCCGCGUUCAGCGCGCGCUUCGUCUCGAACACGGACGGCGUGCCUGCCAAGUACAAGCUGUGGGUCGAGGAGAUGCGCGCCGAGCUCGACUUCCUGCGCGAGGACGACCGCCUUGCGUACUUCCAGCAGCGUGCGCAUGCCAAGUUCCCGGACCCGGCCGAGGCGGCCCGCUUCAACAACGCGUCGAUGAAGGGCGGCUGGGGCCUGCCUGAUUUGUUCGGCGAUCCUGAUGAGAUCCUCGACUCGUGCUCGGACGAGGGCAACGAGAGCAGCGGGAGCGACGGCCUCUACUACGGAACCGGCCGCGCGCCGGCGCCCAAGCACUCCUCCAGCGGUGCUGCCAAGACGAAGACGCCUGCGCCCGCGCCCAAGCUGGAGGCUCGCACCGAGAGCAGCGCAAGUGCCAAGAGCAAGGCCAAGAUGAGCGAACGGAAGCAGUUCGGAGACAAGCUAGCGAUCAGCGGCGACUUCGAUGCUGCGGAGUUCCUCAAGGUCAUCGGUCUUGUGCCUCCGACGCGCACGCCCGAGACGCAGUCCGACAGCAGCGGCACCAGCACGGCGCCGCGCAGCAAUGAGCCUAAGCGCAAGGCUGCCGCUCUUUCCGAGACGGAGGUCAAGUCGGCCGAGCCCGCUCCGGACGCCGGGCGCAAGCUCCCCGAGCCUCAGAAGGAGCAGACUGCUAAGAUUGUGGUUUGCAUUCCGGAGGACAAGUCGGGCGACGUAGACGGCGAUGCAGACAGCGACGCUCCCGAUCCUCUGCUCGCUGCCAUCGAGGCCGGCGAGUAUGACGGCGCCCUGAUGGCCGCUCUCACGUUUCCUGGCGCCGCCGCGAGGCCCGCCGCCGGCCCCGCGCACCCCGAGCUGAACGUGGAGCGCGACGCUGCGGUCGUGGCUGCUGCCUUUGCCAGCGAGAGCCCAGAAGCCCAGAUGGCAUACUACAGCACUCCGGUGCACGAGCUCGGCGAGGCGAUCGUUCCUCUGAAGCCAGGCGUGGCCGGAAACUUCACGAGCUACUUCAAGGCGGCGCAGGCUAGCUUUGCCGCCAAGUUCGGCAAGAAGCCGAGCGCCCCUGCGCCGAAGGCGGCGCCCUCGUCGCCGUCUGACGACACGCCCAGCAGCCCCACCGCUUCAGCGCAGGGCAGCACGGCGGCCGACUCGCAGUCAGCCGCCUCCGGCACCGUUGCGCACGCUGAAGGCACUGCGUCGCCGCCCAGCACACAGCCACCUGCCGGCGGCACUACCGAGCCGGCCGAGAACACGGCUGCACCCGCUUCGCCGGCAAGCCAGCCGGCCGCUGCUGCUAGCACCACCGAGCAGGCGGCGCCUUCGACGCCUCCGCGCACCGCGCAUCUCAAGCAGCAGUACGAGUCGUGGGCGAGCGGCGCAGCGUCGUUCACGAGCGCAUCGCCCGCGGCCAUGUCGCCCGCCGCGACCUUCUCGCCUGUGUCGGCGGUUACUGCGUCGGCGGCCUCCUCGGCGCAGAAGAGCGACGCCACCGCCUUCACCUCGCCGCCUACGUCGCCGUCGCCGGCCCUAGUCCGCAAGCGCUCAUCGGCAAUGAUGCGCCAGACGGACGCUGGUCCGCUGCCGGUGCGUGGCAUGCCGCGCGCCUUCCGUCCUCUGCGCGCGCCGCACGCGGAGGCUACCAGCAAGCUCGAAGGCCAGAGUGCGCCUUCUGAGACGCAGGACAAGGCCACCGCCGGUGCUGCGAGCAGCAGCACGUCGAGCGCAGCGGCUUCUGCUGUGCCUGCGGCGUCUAGCAAGGCCGCGACCGAGGCAGAGCUGCGCGCCGAGAUGGCGGACCUGGCCGAGCGCAUGGCGCGCCUGAUGCCCGGCCCCAAGGCGCACAACCUCGAGCGCCUCACCAACCCGAACCUGCCCGACCGCGGCCAGCCGUUCUCGUCGCGCCGCUUCUGA